AUGGCUGAAAGGCCUUCGUCGCCAGGCGAUGACGCUACUCCUUUCUUGCUCAGGGUCUACGUAAAGUCAGCUCCCUUCCGACCCUUGAGUGACUUUCAUCAGGACAUACGUCCCGCUCGCGACGAGUUCAAGUUGUAUGUUUGGAAGACAAACACACUCCGAGAGAUCGCACAGAUGCUCUACGAUGCGGACCCGUCCAUCUCGUCACCUCUGGCGCUGCAUGCCUUCCGGCACGUCUUCUGGAACGACCGACGACGCGAGUACAAUGCUGAGCCCGUUGGCGCUGGCAUCACCCGUGUAUCGCUCGACAGUGUCUCAGCCCUCCUAUCUGAUAUCGACGCAAGCGAUCACAGCGGCAUGGACGUGGACGCGGCCGACCAGCAGCAAGACCCGAAAGCUAUCGGGGAACCCACAUCGAAGGUGCUUGGCUGGGACAUGCUGCGAGAGGAGAUGGACGACAAAGCAGCUGGCAUGACCGUGGCCGAGAUUGAUCUUGCGGAUGACGACGUGCUCGACUGCGUCAUCAAGCCGGACCCAACGCUAGCGCUGGCACCAAAGACGACCAAGUCAAUAGGCCGUGAGCGGUCAUCAGAUCGCUUCGGUCGCUCGCGGCGUUGA